ACAUGUCAGAAUACAGCUGAAAUGUUUGUUAGUCUAGUGAGGUUAUAUUUUUUACUAACACGUUAGGUACUUUUAUUUUGAAAACAAGACUCCUCAGCAGAAAUGCGUCCCCUCGAUCUUCCUGCAGACUUGACGCAGGUUCAAUGAGACACCGAGCUAAGCUAGCUGCUGCACUGCGAGAGUCUGUUUUGUUUUGGUAAUACUCCAGUGGUGUCAGGCUCGUCUGGCCGAAGUUUCGGGUUCAAGUCGGGUUCAAAAGCCUAAUUUAAAAGUGGCAAAGCAGCGCAGUGAAGCAUGAACCUGCUAUGAAAGACCCAGGAGAACAGUUGGGGCUUCGUUCGGGCUGUCCAGGCCACUUCCAGCCUGCUGGAGGAUUAGAGAGGAACCCCACAGAAGAAUUUAGUAAAUCCUGACUUCUUCAACGUCCAGACUGGAAGUGUGGACGCCAUGGCCAGUCCACAGCAGACUGAUCUGUCAUAUGCGUGGGAAAAGUACAUGGACUGUAGACUGCAAGGAGCGGAUCUGCAGGUCAGCCUUCAGAGUCUGGAGAAUUUCCUCUGUCUCUUCCACUACGUGCAGCACCACCCCAACCACAGCACCAAAGAUGCACUGAAAUUCUGCUCAGACAUGAGUGGGGCCAGUAACACACUGGCGAGGGAGUUCCUCACUGAUGUACAUCAACUAUGCAGUGCGGUGGCCCAGAGAGCAGAGGCACGGGAGGAAGAUGAGGAGGAGAGUCACAUGGUGGCACUGGGCGAGUACCUGGUCAGAGGACGAGGCUUCCUGUUGCUCAGCACUCUGGACUCAAUCAUUGACCAGGAGCUGACCUGUCGAGAGGAGCUGCUCACUUUGCUGCUGUCUUUACUCCCUUUGGUCUGGAAGAUUCCUGUGCAGGAGGAAAAAGCCCCAGAUUUCACCCUGCCGUCCCUACUGGAGGUUUUCCUAAGUCGGGAGGUGAAGGCUGUCCCUCCCAGAACAGGACAGAAGGCUGCAACAGAUGAACAGAGCUCUGGGAAGAAGGCCCGUGUUGGCAGUGGCACCUGGAAAUCACGGAGGUCGCGCAGAACAGCACAGCGAUACUCUGUAAAAGAUGCUCGCAAGUCCCAGGUUUCUACCUCAGAUUCAGAAGCCAACUCUGAAGACAAAGCUGUCCUAGGCCCAGGUGGUGCCAGGAGUCGAAGAUCACAUGGCUCCACCAUCCAGGUAAGCUGUCAGCAUCAUCGUUCGGAGGCCUCCCAGUUAACAUCCACCACUACGACAGAAACCAUGAGUGCACCAUACCCCCAUCCCAGAUCCCCUGGGCUCCAGAUUGCUGACACUGAAACCCUGACAGAUCCGGCUGCAAUAUCAAUAUUCAACCGCAUGGAAAACUCACCCUUUGAUCUCUGUCAUGUGUUGCUUUCCCUCCUGGAGAAGGUGUGCAAGUUUGACAUGAGCAUCAACCACAACCCUGGCCUGGCUGUCAGCGUUGUACCGACUCUCACAGAGAUCCUGACAGAGUUUGGAGAUUGCUGUGGUCCAGGGGGAGGAGGUGGAGGUGGAACAGGGGCAGAGGAGCUUGCUGGAGGCUGGACGGAGGAGCCUAUCGCGCUUGUCCAGAGGAUGCUACUACGCACCAUCUUGCACCUGAUGUCUGUGGAUGUGAGUCAGAAUGACAGCCUUCCUGACAGCCUGAGACGUAGUCUGACAGACCUGCUGCGAGCCACCCUCAAAAUCCGGAGCUGCUUGGACAGACAGAGCAACCCUUUUGCUCCACGGCCCAAGAAGACUUUGCAAGAGGUUCAGGAUGACUUCUCGUUCUCACGUUAUCGUCACAGAGCAUUACUGCUACCAGAGCUUCUAGAGGGAGUACUACAAGUGCUGCUGGGUUGCCUUCAGGCUUCCACACCCAACCCCUUUUUCUUUAGCCAGGCUCUAGAGCUCAUCCAUGAGUUUGUGCAGCACCGUGGCCUGGAGCUCUUUGAGGCCACCGUGCUGAGACUGGAGGGACUUGGCAGGGUCAGGGAUUCUGAAAUGGGAGGUGAGGCUUCAGAGAGGCUAAGAGGUCUCAUUGCAGGGGUCUUCAAGAUCAUCAGUGCUGUUAAGAAAGCAAAGUCAGAGCAGCUGCAUCAGUCUGUUUGUGCCAGACGGCGCCACCGUCGCUGUGAAUAUUCCCACUUUCUGCAUCAUCACAGAGACUUGUCAGGUUUGCCAGUGUCUGCUUUUAAGCAGGCUGCCAGACGCAACCCCUUUGAAGAGGAUGGAGAAGGCAAGGAAGGGAUGGAGGGUGAUGCUGUUCGCUACCCUGAGCGCUGCUGCUGCCUGGCUGCCUGUGCCCACCAGUGUCUGCGACUCCUGCAGCGCCUGUCUCCCAGUGGGCCUGCUGUGUUGCAGGUAUUGGCUGGGGUGCAGGCAGUUGGAAUCUGCUGUUGUAUGUACCCCCGCUCAGUUGUAGGACCCUUGCUACAUGCCUUCCAAGCUCCAGGUUUGCGUAGUUACCAGUCUCAUGUACUCAGUGUCCUGGGCAGACUGAUCUUAGACCAGCUCGGUGGGGGGCAGCCUUCAGAGAAAGCAAAGCUGGCCUCCUGUAACAUCUGCACUCUGGACAGCAGCCAGCUGCCGGGCCUGGAAGAGACCCUGCAGCAUGGAGAACAUUCAGCCAUUUCUACUAGUCUUUGUUACCGCUCCCAGGGUAUUCUGCCCAGUGGAGGCGGGGCUGAGGACAUGUUGUGGAAGUGGGAUGCUCUGGAGGCCUACCAGGAGCUAGUUUUUGGUGAAGACUGGCAUCUAAGCCAGCAGAUAGCUGGCCAUGUGUGUCACCUGACCCUGCGGGGCAAUGCUAUAGUGCAGUGGCAGCUCUACACACAUAUUUUCAACCCUGUGCUGCAGAGAGGAGUAGAGCUGGCCCACCAUGCCCAACAGCUGGGGGUUUCCACUGUCUGUACUCAGGUCUGCAGCUAUCACACGCAGUGCCUGCCUGUGGAGGUACUACUCGUUUACCUCCAAACAUUACCUGCACUUCUCAAAUCAAGGGUGGUCAGAGACCUUUUCAUUAGUUGUAAUGGCCUCAACCAGGUGACAGAGCUUGUCUACUUAGAUCAGACGCGCUCUUUGGCUUUGAAGGUGUUUGAGACUCUUAUAAUUGGCACUGGAUACCAGCAGGCUGAUGGGGUGCUUCAGGAGCUGGAGAGUGCUGAUGCUGAAGAGAGGGAGGCUGUCUUGGGCCUGGCUGAGGAACUGGGGUCCCGAGGGGUUGGAGAGGGCAGUCAGAGCCUUAGCAAGUUCUAUGAAGGCCUGAAGGAGGCAUAUCCGCGGCAUAAGAGCCGUAGUGGGCAGGGACGUGGACCAGGGCGCAGCCGAACAGAGACCCACCUUCAUGUUAUCAACCUCUUCCUAUGUGUGGCCUUCCUCUGUGUCAGCAAAGAGGCUGAUUCUGACCGGGACUCGGCCAACGACUCUGAAGACACUUCAGGUUAUGACAGUACAGCGAGUGAACCUCUGGGCGGGCGGCUGCCUUACCUGUCUCCAGAUAGUGUAGCUUUGCCCUCCAAAGAGCAGGUACGACGCGCUGCAGAUGUUUGGUCAGUGUGUAGGUGGAUCUACCUGGCCAGCCCUUUGUUCCAGAGGCAGUUUUUCAGGCUAGGAGGACUGGAUGUCUGCUUGCGCCUCAUGGCCAUGGUUAUACAGAAACUUUCCUGUAAGACCAAGGAUGGAAAAGCAAAGAAGAAAAGAGAUGGUAAAGGUAAAGGCAGCCCCGAGUCCACAGCCCCGGUAACUUCACUGGCACUGGAGGAGACAUCUCAUGAUUCAGCCAACACCCUCAGCGCCGGUCCAGCUGAGGGAAGGACCAAAGAUCUUGCAAAGAAGCUGGAGGAGGAGUGGCAACUACAAAGUAUUCGUCUCCUUGAGGCCUUACUGGCUAUUUGUCUACACAGCGCAAACUCAACACUGCAGAGGAUAGAGCCUGAGCUCUCUUAUCAGCUCCAGUCAGUGGAGGAUACCCUGUUUGAGGUGAGAGACCAGCUCUCUCGCUCAGGGGUGGUGAAUUCUGACCUUGCUGUACCGCUGUUUGACUCUCUCCUGCGAGUGGCCUUGGCCGAGGUGUCAUCCUGUCCCAAUCCGCCCGAGGAGAAGCCAGACAGGGUGAGUCCUGCCUUGGGAGAACCUAAGCUCCAGGUGUUGACGGAGGGGGCAGCCCCAGCAGGCGAUCUGUCUGAGGAGGUGGACGAGGUGCAGAGCUGUGGCGUCAAGCCCCCGGGGGAGGAGGAGGGCUACGACGCCGACAGCGAAAGCAACCCUGAGGACAUGGCCAAGCAGGAAGAGGGGGUGAAGGUGGAGUCGGCCGUGUUGCGCGAGUUUGCGGCGGUGACGGACGGGCCCGGGUGUGGCGUGCUCCUGUUCCCAGAGAUCUGCACAAUGGAACUGCAGCUUCUUGCCUCCGGCUCCCCGGACCUGGAGGUUCUGAGUCAUGUGUUCCACAGCCUGCUUGGUGCAGUGCACGCCAACAGCCGCAAUGCUGCCUUACUCUAUGACCAGGGAGGAGUCAAAACCAUCUUGUCUGGCUUUCACAACAUCCUCAGUCAAAGGGACCCCUCCUUUACAGAUUGCCAGACUGUGCUAGUGGAGCUGCUGGUUGCCAUGGUGAGCCAGCGAAUCACAGCGGAGGAACUGGCUCUAUUGAUUCGCCUCUUCCUGGAGAAGACUCCACCCACUGAGAUUUUACUAAAGGGCAUCUUACAAAUCAUUGAAGCCAACAUGAAUAUGGAACCUCUUCACUUCUUGACCUUUCCCAUAAUCCUUGGGGCCUCAACGCCAGCAGGGUUGUCCCCUGGCUCCAGACAAACCUGUGCUGCUGGAGGGAAAAGUGUUGGUUUGCUGUGGAAGGGCAAACUGUCUCCUGGUCGCAGGGAGGGGGAUAUAGAGUACCGACCUAGCCACCUCCGUUCCUCCCCCUGGCACAUUGCUCCUCUCCACUUACCUCUAGUGGGGCAGAACUGCUGGCCCCACAUGGCCAGCGGCUUCAGUGCCUCUAUGUGGCUGAGGGUGGCAGAGCAGGAGGAGAAGGAUGUGGACAAAGACAAGGAUGAAAGUAGCCCUCUUGCAGCUGAGUCACACCAUGGUUCAUCUCAGGCUGGGACAAGAUUAGUAGAGGAAGGCCUCGUUCAUAUUCUGUCCAUGGGCUCCAAGGCACUGAUGCUCCAAGUGUGGGCCGACUUCUCCACAGGCUCUCUGACUUUUAGGAUUUGUAUAGACCCGAAUGAUGAGAUUAAAGCAGGGCUGUUGGCGCAGGCAGAGUCUGGCGAAGGGCUGCUGAGAGGGGGCCAAUGGCAACACCUUGGCCUCACUUACAGCCAGCAGCCAGAGGGAAAGAAGAACAUCCAUGGGCGUGUGGUUGUCUGGGUGUGUGGCAUCUGGAAAUGUGAGGUUUCUUUGGAUUACACUCUACCCAGGAAGUCCAGUUUAUCAUCUGACAGCAACAAAACCUUCUGCAUGCUGGGCCACUGUACUCCUUUCUCUGAAGAUCUUCUGAAGCAGGGUGGACGCUGGAGCAUGGGCACUGUGCUUCUGUUCAAUGGGUCUAGAAUAGGAUCAGAGGAGGCCUUCUACCUGUACACCAGUGGACCAGACCUCACCUCCAUAAUGCCCUGCAAGUAUGGCAAGCCAAGUGGAACAUUCUCCAAGUUUGUCACUCAGGAAGGACUGAAGUGUGAGAACGUCAGAGAGAUUCUGAUGAAGAGCAAGGAUAUAGACACAACAACUCUGGUUGAGAGUCUGGCAGUGGUGUAUGCCCCCAGCAGUCCACGAGUCUAUACGAUCUAUGAACCUGUAAUCAGACUGAAAGGUCAGGCCAAAACAGUGAUUACCCAGCGGCCCUUCAGCUCCAAAGAAGUGCAGAGUGUUUCCCUGGAGUCCAACGCUCUCAGAGCUCUGCUCCCCACGGAAACCCACGGCCUGCAGAGCGUCCUGCACAAGAUUGGUGGAACGGGAAAUUUUGUCUUCCUCUUUGCACAGACGGUGGAGCUGAGUGACUGUGAGAAGACCCAGGCUCUGGCCCUGCGAGUGCUGCUGUCUCUGUCCAAGUUUAACCAACACCGUAUCCACGAAAUGGACUGUUACCAUGGUUACUCUAUGAUCCAUCAGGUCCUCAUCAAGUCCAAAUGCAUCGUAGGAUAUCAUAUGCUGAAAACUUUACUUGAUGGGUGUUGCAGUGGACCCAUCCUCCUCCUGGGGGAUGAUGGUCAGUUCCGUUUGGACACUGAGUCGGUCGCUGUGGUGCAGGAUAUCAGGCUUCUCUCAGAUGUUCUGUUGGACUGGAAGAUCUGGGCCAAGGCGGAGUGUGGAGUGUGGGAAACGCUGCUCGCUGCCUUAGAAAUCCUCAUCAGGGUUCACCACCCUCAACAGGUCUUCAACGUUCGUCAGUUUCUCAAAGCUGAGGUGGUGCAUCGGUUCCUGCUCACCUGCCAGGUGUUACAGGAGCAUCGGGACGAGCAUCUGACUGCCAUCCCACAGGAAGUAUGUUUGUCAUUCAUCAAAAUCAUCCAGGAGGUCCUCGGCUCUCCUCCAGACAUGGAUCUGCUAAAACUGAUCUAUAACUUCCUGCUGGCUGUUCACCCACCGACCAACACCUACGUCUGCCACACUCCAUCCAGCUUUUACUUCUCCCUACACAUAGAUGGGAAACUGUACCAGGAGAAGGUUCAGUCCAUUAUGUACCUGAGACACUCCAACAGUGGAGGGAAGUCUGCCAGCAGCUCUGUGGUGUCACUCUCCCCGACUGUUUUCACUGAUGCUCCCCAUGACGGCCAUCUCCACGCUCCCUCCCCUGAACACGGAGGUGAUGAUCAGUCGUUACGCCCCCCUAGUCUGGCGCCAUCUCCAUACUCCUCGCCCCUACUGACGCCUCGACUCGGACACGGCAGCUCAAAUGAGGCAGGUGAAGGUGACGGGGUCUCCCUCGCCACUCAGCAGGCUCUCGGCAGCACGGAGACGCUCAAAAGGGGCGGAGGUGAUGAGCAGCUCCUGAGCAGCUGUGAAUCAGCCAAGACAAUCUGUGACUUGAAGGACACAGGUGAGGGAGCAGCCCAGCGUACACCAUCCAUCAGUGUGGAGGAGGAGCGCGACGAGGCAGCGGAGGUGGACAGCCUUGCGGAGGGGAGUGUGGGGGUGGCGGAGUCUGAAGACAGGUUUGAUUGGGCCAAUGAUGAAGCGCCACGCCGCCCUGACAGCCUAAAGGGCAUCCAGUCCUUCCAGAGGAGCCACAGUAACCUGGCCAGUCUGGGUUUGGCCUUCCCUGCUCCCAAUGGCUCGUUGACCAUCGGCCGCUGGCCCAGUGCAGCUGACCGAGGCUCCAUGCCUGAAGACUGGGAGAGCUACACCUACUCUCCUGGCUACGAGAGGGCCCACAGCAAGGCUGAAUCCAAUGACAGGUCCAGCACAGAGGAUUGCCUGGUGCUGAUCUGCUGUGGACUCUAUGACCUUCUGAGAGGUGUCUUGCUGCUGUUGCCUGACCUCAUGCUUGAGGAGGUGAUGGAUAAACUCGUGCAGCCAGAAGCCCUCAUUGUUCUGGUCAAUCACUCAUCACCUCUGAUCCAGCAAGGAGUCAUGAAGCUGCUGGAUGCCUAUUUCAGCAGAGCUCUCAAGGAGCAGAAGGAGAAGUUUCUGAAGAACCAUGGCUUCUCACUGCUGGCCAACCAGUUGUACAUCCACCAAGGCAGCCAGGGGCUCCUUGAAUGCUUCCUGGAGAUGCUGUUUGGGCGACCGGUGGGCCUGGAGGAAGAUCUGGAUCUGGAGGAAAUGGAAAAUAUCUCACCCUUCAGAAAGCGCUGUAUCAUCCCAGUGUUGGGUCUUAUUGAGAACUCCCUGUAUGAGAACUCCUUGGUGCACAACAUCCUGUGCAUGCUGCUGCAGCUCAUCAACGCCUGCCCCAAGCUGGCAGACAUCCUGUUAGACCACGGCCUGCUCUACGUGCUCUUUAACACCCUCUCCACCCUCAAUGGCAUGGAGAAUGGUAUUCCCCUGAAUGACUACAAGCUCCUGGUGUGUGACAUCCAGCAGAUGUUAGUCGCUGUGACAAUCCACUCCUGCAGCUCUUCAGGGUCCCAAUACUUCCGCAUCAUCGAGGACCUCAUUACCUUGCUGGGUUUCAUGCAGACCAGCAAGAUGCGUCGCACACAGGAGAUGGCGGUGGCUCUGCAGUUCCGUGUCCUUCAGUCUGCGAUCGAGUUCAUAAAGACGACAGCCAACCAAGAACCUCAGAAGCUGAGCAGUUCUGUCAAUGCACCGAGCUCUCCGCAUCAUGCCAUCUAUCAAAAGCGCAAGAGCAUCGCAGGUUCCAUUGCCAUGAAAGACUCCAUUAUCCCCCGCAUCCCCAGACAGCACUACUGCUCCUAUGGCCAGAUCCCCUUGUCCCCUCCCUUCAGCUUCCUGUCCCAGGACUCCCCCCUCCCCUCCCCCUCCGGAGCUCCAUCCUACAUGCUCCACUGUGAUGCAGGUCGUCGCCGGUUCUCUCUGGCCCAGACCGACUCUCUCCUGAUGCGGAUGCGCUCUGUAGCCAGUGAUGAACUCAACCAGAUGAUGCAGAGGAGGAUGAGCCAGGAAAACCCCAUUCGUGCCAGUGAGACUGAAUUUGUCCAACGGCUGCAGAGGCUUGUGGUUCUUGCUGUCAACAGGCUCAUUUACUAUGAUGUGAGUCAGGACUUAUUUGACCUGCUGAAUAUUCCAGACUCUCCAGACCAACAGCUUUUCACACCAGAACCUGGUGAUCAACCACAAGAGGAGAGUGGCUCGGCCUCUGUCCCACACUCUCCGACUCUUUUCACUCUGCCACCUGCCAGCAAGAAGAGCUUUCAGAAAGAUAUCCUCAAACUCAUGAUGGAUGGAAUCAAGAUCAGCCUGGGCAGCACAGGUCGAGGUGGAGCCCCACAUCAACAGUGGCGAAGGAUUCUCUGGUCCUGUCGGGACACUUUUCGGGUCCAAAUAGGUCGUCUGCUGGUGCACACACUCAGCCCUGCGCUUCCCCUGUCUGACAGGAAGGAGGCGCUUGAGUUUGUGUUUGAUCCCAGGCAUUUGGAUAUUCUGAAGGAGAGCCUCAGCCCAGGUCUAGAGCAUGGACCAAAGUUGUCGUUGUACCUGUACGAGAUGCUGCACGAUCACAAGGACAGCCUCACCAAAGACGAGCAGAGUGCCGUGGGUGUAUUCAUGACCUCACUCAAGCUGUGUGGUCAUCGCUGCAUUCCACCCAACACUCCACACAAACAAGACUUGCUCAAGGCAGUCAAAGAGGAAAAAUUCAAAUAUGAAACUGAAGAAAAAACAAGUAAAGUGGCGUGGGAAAAGAAAAUGGCCAACACUCAGAGGAAUCUUAUCCAGAGACUGGAUGGAAAGUCCAAGGACAUUUCCAAGAUUGCAGCUGAUAUCACUCAGAAUGUGUCUCUGCGGCAAGGCAUGGAGAGAAAGAAAGUCAUCCAGCACAUCAGGGGCCUUUACAAGACAGACCUCAGUGCCAGCCGCCACUGGCAGGAGUUGGUGCAGCAACUCACACAUGACCGUGCGGUUUGGUACGACCAGACAUCCUACCCGACGUCCUGGCAGCUGGACCCCACAGAAGGGCCAAACCGGGAGCGACGGCGGCUACAGAGAUGCUACCUCACCAUCCCUAACAAAUACCUACUCAAAGACAGACGCCAGCCUGAAGACUCAGUGAAGCCAGCUCUCUCCUUCCUGUUUGAGGACAAGACUCACUCCUCCUUCUCCUCAACUGUCAAAGACAAAGCUACCAGCGAGUCCAUCAGGUUCACCAGGCGAUGCAUCAGCGUUGCCCCCUCCAGAGAGACAGCAGGGGAGCUACUUCUGGGAAAAUCUGGAAUGUACUUUGUGGAGGACAAUGCUGCUGAUGCUCAUGACAACCAGAGCCUUCAUGGAGAGACCGAGGCACCCUCUUUCUCCUGGACAUACGAGGAGAUCAAGGAGGUGCACAAGCGAUGGUGGCAGCUAAGAGACAACGCUGUGGAGAUAUUCCUCACCAACGGCAGGACCUUGCUGUUAGCAUUUGACAACACCAAGUUCCGAGAUGAUGUCUACCACAACAUCCUAACCUCUGAUCUCCCCAACCUGCUGGAGCACGGGAACAUCACGGCGCUCACACAGCUGUGGGGCUCGGGUCAGAUCUCUAACUUUGAGUACCUCACGCAUCUCAACAAGCACGCGGGUCGCUCCUUCAACGACCUCAUGCAGUACCCAGUGUUUCCCUUUAUCCUGCGAGAUUACACCAGCGAGACGAUCGACCUGCAAGACCCAAACAUCUACAGAAAUUUAAGCAAGCCCAUUGCAGUCCAGUCAAAAGAGAAGGAGGAUCGCUACGUGGAUAAUUACAGGUAUUUGGAGGAGGAGUACAAGAAGGGCAUUCGUGAGGACGACCCCAUGCCUCCUGUCCAGCCUUAUCACUAUGGCUCACACUACUCCAACAGCGGCACUGUGCUGCACUUCCUGGUUCGAAUGCCACCUUUCACAAAGAUGUUCCUUGCCUACCAGGACCAGAGCUUUGAUAUCCCGGACCGGACGUUUCACUCCAUGAACACAACGUGGCGUCUGUCAUCGUACGAGUCCAUGACUGAUGUCAAAGAACUCAUCCCAGAGUUUUUCUACCUCCCAGAAUUCCUGGUCAAUAGAGAGGGUUUUGAUUUUGGGGUUCGUCAGAAUGGAGAGAGGGUGAAUCAUGUGAAUUUACCUCCCUGGGCUCGCAAUGACCCACGUCUGUUCAUCCUGAUCCACCGACAAGCACUAGAGUCCGACCAGGUCUCCCAGACGCUGUGUCAGUGGAUCGACUUGGUGUUCGGGCUCAAGCAGAAAGGCAAAGCUGCCGUCCAGGCCAUCAACGUCUUCCAUCCAGCUACCUAUUUUGGCAUGGACGUUUCGGCAGUAGAAGAUCCAGUCCAGCGACGGGCGCUGGAGACGAUGAUCAAGACAUACGGACAGACGCCUAGGCAGCUCUUCAACGCCUCUCAUAUCAGCAGGGCGGGACCCAAACUCAUGAUGGAGGGGGAGCUGCCGGCCGCCAUGGGCCUCCUGGUUCAGCUGGCCUUCAGAGAAACCAGAGAACAGGCGAAGGAAAUAGUCUGCCCGAGUCCACUGCCAUGGAUCAAAGGUCUGAAGUGGGGUGAGUACGUGGGCUCUCCCUCUGCUCCUGACCCAGUGGUGUGUUUCAGUCAGCCCCACGGGGAGAGAUUCGGAUCCCUGCUGGCUCUGCCGACCCGAGCCAUCUGUGGCCUUUCACGCAAGUUCUGCCUCAUGAUGAUUUACAGCAAGGAGCAGGGUGUGCGGAGCAUGCACAGCACAGAUAUCCAGUGGUCAGCCAUAUUGAGUUGGGGCUACGCAGACAACAUACUGAGGCUGAAGAGCAAGCAGAGCGAACCUCCUAUCAACUUCAUUCAGUGUUCACAACUCCACCAGGUGACCAGCUGCGCCUGGGUGCCUGAUGGCUGCCAGCUAUUUACGGGUAGCAAGUGUGGAGUCAUCACCGCCUACAGCAACCGCUUCACCAGCACCACGCCGUCGGAGAUGGAGGUGGAAUCUCAGGUUCACCUGUACGGCCACACGGGCGAGGUCACCAGCCUGUUUGUCUGCAAACCCUACAGCAUCCUGAUCAGCGUCAGCAACGACGGCACCUGCAUCCUGUGGGACCUCAACAGACUCUGCUAUGUACAAAGCCUCACAGGCCACAAAAGCCCAGUGACUGCUGUGUCUGCCAGCGAGACCACGGGAGACAUCGCAACAGUUUGUGACUCCGAGGGUGGAGGCAGCGACCUUCGCCUGUGGACGGUGAACGGAGACCUGAUUGGUCACGUGCACUGCAGAGAGAUCAUCUGCUCUGUGGCGUUCUCCAACCAGCCGGAGGGCGUGUCUGUCAACGUCAUCGCCGGCGGUCUGGAGAACGGCGUCGUCAGGUUGUGGAGCACCUGGGAUUUAAAACCAGUGAGAGAGAUCACCUUCCCCAAGUCCAGCAAACCCAUCAUCAGCCUGACAUACUCGUGUGACGGCCACCACCUCUACACAGCCAACAGCGAGGGCACGGUGAUGGCGUGGUGUCGACGGGACCAGCAGCGCAUGAAGCUGCCCAUGUUCUACUCCUUCCUGAGCAGUUAUGCUGCAGGCUGACUGUGUGUCUGAUGUUUACUACUGUCCUGUUCUCAGCAAGAGGACACCCCCCCCUUCUCUUCCUCCUCUUCUUCCUCCACCUCUUCCUCCUCCUCCUGUCGGCUCUGACAGGGAGGAGGACAUGUCAGCAUGGCCUCAACCUCCCUGACUUUUAAAUAAAGCCAUCCCCUGCUGAGCAAACUCUACCACCGCCGCUCCCAGCAUCAAGAAAUGAUUAUGAAAAUAGUAUUAUAUGUAUAUAAAUAUAUAUUUAUAAACAUGCUGAAGUGGAAUGUCGGAGGAAUGGAUGAAUAUUUGGCCAUGGCUGCAACAGACACUUUAUACAAAAUGCGUUUCUGAGAGUGUGUUUCAUUUGUCUUUUAUUCUUUGAUUCCUGCUGUUGUGUUUUCUGUUGUGCAAAGAUACUUGCCUGAUGUUUAUUUUCCUGGUAAGCUGCUAUCGUCUGGCCAAAGCCAGACCCAGAAGUGUGAAGACCCUCGUCUCUCACCUCGGCAGUGCUCAGAUCUCCUGCAGCGCCUCGUCUGACAGAUUGGAGCUCAGCUAGCGUGUCCUGCUGACGCUGCCGACGCUGGGAGGGAGCAGUCCUUCGUCGUGUCUGUCACCGGGAGACGUCCUGCUCUGUGGGAGUGAGACGCCCCUCUGCCGGCCUGUCUGCUCCACUCAAGUCUGAACACAAGUGUCACGGCCCUGCUUCACUUUGCAUCUGAGCUCAGAGGAGGGACUGGGGAGAAGCGAUGGGUUGAGUUGUACCUUGUGUUGCCUGUUGUUCUGUCCUGCUUUUGUAUGCUGGGGUGAUGCUGACCUUGACUGUGUGAAUGUGGAAAUGACAUUUCCUGUCAUGAUGCAGGACUUAAACAAGGAUGUUUAAGUCCUAAGACCUGUCUUUUUGCAUUAUGAGACAUGUUGGUAUUCAUUUAUUUAUUAGAAACAUCAUGAAGGCUCA